AUGACAGCUUUACCAACAGUACUUUUAGGUUUACGCACAGCUUUCAAAGACGAUUUAAAAUGUUCUACAGCAGAGCUACUAUAUGGAACAACGUUAAGAGUUCCAGGAGAAUUUUUUGAAGACCCGGAGCAGCCAGUUAAGCCCGAAAUCUUCGUCCAAGAACUAAGAGAAAGAAUUAGAAAAAUUCGAGCCAAACCAGUCGCACAUCACUGUUCUCCAAAACCGUUUGUACACCAGGAUCUAAAAAUAGCAACACAUGUUUUUCUUAGAGAUGAUACAGUAAGACGCCCCAUACAACCACCUUACCAAGGACCGUAUGAAGUAUUGGCUAAAAUUAAUGAAAAAUUAUAUACUGUUCUAGUUAACGGAAGACCAUGCAAUAUUUCAACAGAAAGACUAAAACCGGCAUAUCUACCUACCGAGGAAACCGAAAACGCAACAAAUUUGACAGACGCUGCACCACCACCACCAAUUCGUACUUACACAUCUGCAAAAAAGACGAAUAAACGAGUAACAUUCCAAGAAAAUUAG